AUCCGGUCCUCGCGAGGCGCUUUCACUUUCUUUUCCUCGCAAAACAAACCCUGCUGCUGAAAAUAGCGACUUCCACUAAAGGAAAGAAAAAGCGACAGAAAAAAAAAGAGUUGGCGAGUCUUUUUACUAUAAAGAUGGCUGGCGAAGUAAGGACCAUCCAAGUGAGCGGUCUGCCCAUGGACGUUUCUGAGAAUCGUCUCAUAGACAAACUUCAGAUCCAUUUCCUGCGUAAGAAGAACGGUGGAGGUGAUGUCAGCAAGGUCACUGUUUCCAAAACGAUGCCUGGAACAGCCUUCAUCACGUUUGAGGAGAGCGAAGUCGCCUCAAGACUCGCACAGACAAGAAAGCAUGUCCUCAAAGUCAAUGACAAAAGCUAUGACAUCACCGUCAGCCUUCAGUCUGAAGAAGUGGAUGUGGAUAAAGUCCUGUUGUUUAUGUCGGUACUGGUUGACCCCAGGCAAAUCCCAGGAGGAAAAAACACUCUUUUUUCUUUGCAUAAACGUUUUCCAGGAGUCCAAUUCACUUACGACUUCGACAAACAUCUGUACACUCUGCAAGGACGCUACAGUGAGGUUCAGGGGCUCAGCAGCUUGGUGCUGGAGUCACUGCAGAAACAGGACCAGAGCUCAGAUGAUAAGGCACAGCCCAAGAGAGCAAGCAAAAAGACAUAUAACUCACCCCUGAUGGAAUCUGCCAGCAGCCAGGUAGAUGCAAAUAAAGACACUGAGGAAGUAAAACACAGUGAAGGGUUGGGUCUGGACCUGGAGAGUAAAAGCUGGAAAACAGAUUUACCUCUGGCAAGUGCUUCCAGCAAUCAGAAAUCACAUACGGCUUCGACAGAAAACAAAUGGGACUCAGAUAUUGGAGCUUUGUAUGAAGACUUUUCCCUGAUUGUAGAUUCAGACAUUUUCCGUUAUCUCCAUCAAUACUCCACGGAGUACCAGAGCAUCCUCAAGCAGCACAGGAUAGAGGUUCUGGAUGUGAACUGUGAUGACAUCACGACUUUAUAUCUCAAACCUAAAUCAGCCUUGUCUCCAAAUGACAUAAGUUCUGUUAUAAAGGCCCAUGAGGAUCUGGCACAUCUGUACCAGCAGAAAGAGUCACAGCUACGCAAGGAGCAUGUUUAUAAGCGUGAAAUUCCAGAGAAGGAACUCACACAUGCUCUGGAGUCCCUUAGGGAGAGGCUGCCGAUGCUAAUGAUCCAUGAGGAUGACAGGAAUGUAUAUAUGGUUGGAAGUAAAAGUGACGUAUCUGAAGCCAAGCAGUUUAUUGUUGGCAUGCGAGGAUUUGGGAUGAAGAAAGAAAUCCACUCAGAACAUCUAUUUGUUCCCUCUGAUUCCAAAUGUACCUUCUCGAAACAAGGAGGUGCAGCUUCCCAUGACCUAUUCACGGCAAAGAAGGACCUCCAAGAUACGAACCAAAGAUGGACUGCUAGAAAGAACUCCAGCAAGAAAGGGCACGAUUCUGUUGAAUCUCUGAAAAAAAUUGAUGAACAGAUUGAGAAGUCAACAGAAGACAUUUUCAGUUUCAGAAGAACUGAAGUUUCACAAGAGAAACAUGUCGCAAGCAAUCCAGAAUGGAUGGAGUCUGGUAGCUGGCUGGACAAAAAUAAAUACACAGAUUCUCUCUUUGUUUUUUCCAAGCCUUCUGCUCCACACUCUGUUUUGGAUAGAGAUGAAAACACAUUCAGCAAGUCAGAGGAAAUGGGAACUGACUCAGAGACACAAAUCAAGUCGAAUAAAGGGAACAAGACCAAACAAACUGAGACUGGGAAGGAACGAAAAAUGGCCGCCAAUUUUAGUAGAGAGAUGAACAGUGGCAUAAAGGAUUUAACAUCUUAUAGAUUAGAAAUUCCCAAAAACGAUGAAGGUGUAUCUGUAAAGGAGAGAAAGAGAAUUGAUAGUGGACAGCCACAGUCUCUUCCCAUUAUCAAGCCAUCUUUGAAUAGUAAUCUGGAUCCAAACACUUUACAUGGUAGUGCGACUGCCCAGACCAGCACAAGCACAAUGGAGAGUCAGGAGCUAAAAGGUGACAAGAUGUCAAAAUCUAAACUUACAGUGACUCCAGCUUGUUUGAGUGGAGACCAAGAGGCCAAAAAUUUCCCUGCUAUGCCUUCAGAAUCAACCCUGAAAAGGUCCAAUAGCUUCAGUGGCGAGAUGAAAAAAGAUGAAGCAAUGCAAAUGGCUGUAGAUUUAUCUGCUGGACAAAAGGGAAUAAGCCAAAAUUCUGAGAAAAGAGAAAUCAUUGCUAUGGAUAUAGUUUUGUCUUUUAGACUGUGGCUGUACCUUACGUCGGUUUAUAAUACUGAAAUUGAGAAUUUGACAUCUGACCUGCAAAUUAAAGAGAAGUUGGAUAAGGAAGACAUCACAUUGUGUCUAAGAGGAGUAGACUCUGAAAAGGUGGGUGAAUGUCACCGUGGUUUGAAGAGUCUCAUUGCUACAGCUAAAAUGGACUUUGAAGCAAGAACACUACCACUGUCCAAGUUCGGACUGUCGAACAGCAAGGAUAAACUCUUGAUAGAGCUGUGUACAUUAUUGAAGCAGCGCUAUAAGAUGGUUAAAGUCCUAGUAAUGUCCACUGAUAUAAUUAUCCUAGGCCCUAAACCAUUGUGUGAUGAGGUUGAGGACACUAUGGCAAAGGUCUUCCAUGAACGGGGAAAUACGUUGGAGAAUAAGCUGCCUCCCAAACCAGUUAGUUUACAUAGCAGCAAAGGACCUGAGAAAUUACAUGGCCACCAGCCAACAUCCUCAGCCAUAUCUGAGCAAAAUGUUGCUCGUUCCUCAAAAAAGGUUCCUCAGGUUUUAAGUAACCAAACUAAAGGCACCAGAGAACAAGACAAUCAAAGUCAAAACCAGAACAAGAUGAAAGAAGAAAAGUUGGAACAGUUGGAUAAGAAAGAUCCUACUUUAAUGGAGCACGAUGGUGGGACCAUGAACAUCGAGAACAGAGACACCUCAUCUGGUAACAUCAUCACUUCUGCCACAAGACAAGACAAAGCUGAUGGUGAGACUAACAGAGACCAAACAAGCACCACUGCUCAGAGCACGGAAACGUUUAUUAAACAAAUAAACCCAGCCAUUUCAGUGGACCAAAUCAGGCAUUCUCAGGGGUCACCUGGAGUUUCAGAUACCAAGAACAACAUCAUGCCACCUCAUGCAAGUGGAAAUCAGAGCCUUCUUUCAUGCCAUGUGUGUAAAAAAGAACACAGCACUGUUAAGCAAACAGCAUGUGGCUUUAACUGUUGCAGUGAGUGUGAAGAAGUUCAUAACAGCUGCAGAAUCUGUAGGACCUCUGGUAUCAAAGGUACCAUGACCAUUCAAGAAUCAACAAUAACAAUUCCUGGAUUUAACAGAGACACAACACUGAGGAUUAUCUAUGACAUACCCGAUGGUAUUCAAGGGGAGGAUCAUCCCUGCCCAGGGGAACCUUUUAAAGGCAACAGAUUUGAAGCCUUUUUACCGCAUAACAAAAGCUCUACAAAGCUUCUGCCUCUUCUGGAGAAAGCUUUUCACAAAGGACUCACCUUCACAGUCAAAGUAGGAUCUGCAGAUGAUGAUGGAAACAGAGAAGGAAGAGUGGUCUGGGGAAACAUUCCUCAUAAAACCAAUACAGAAGGGGGCGCCUCUAAGAACGGCUAUCCUGACUUCAACUACAUCAGACGCUUGGAGGAGGCGUUGAAAGCAGCAGGAUUCGGAGAAUAAAUGCUCUUUCCAUGACUGCUGUUUAUCACACCCUGUUCUCAUGACGGAAUUGUGUAGAGAAUCACAGAUCAAUCUCGUGGGUUUAUUGGUUAAAUCUCUACACCGGGUUUCUGUUGAACUAUGACCUGAUCCCAAGCUCAAUGUGUGAAUGGUGUCCUGAGGUGUUCUGGCGGUCUGUCUGGGGUGUGUUAGUUCUCUGCACCUGCCGUUCACAGGAUAGACUCCGUGUCCUCGGAUAUAGCGAGGAUGAAUGGUUUGAUUAAUACUGUUAUUCAUUAGCAUUGAAAAUAUUAUACUUUUGAAAUAUUUAGUAUUUUAUUACUCUUAUUUACAAUUCAGAAAACAGCUCUGGUGCAGUAGUAAUGCCAAAGUGCACCAAUGGGUAAAAUACCUUUUGCAUAAACUGGGCUUGUCCUUUCCAAAGUCCUCUACGGUGUUUGCUUUUUCCUGGUCUGAGUUAAGUAAUGACAAAUAAAAUAAUAACACUAUCCAUAAGAGUGAUGGGGAAGGGAACAUUAAAAUCAUCAGAAUGCUGCAAUCUGCACCAAGCUUUUUUCUAAAAUUUCUAAAAGUUUUUUUCUAAAAGUGUGUGCGAGUGUGUGAGUUGUUUGUCGACCUGAAAGGGAUUUAAGGUUUAAGGAUUAAAAUGAUUUGAUGUUCAUAGUAAUAUAUGCUUUAUUUAAAAUAGUGUUUAUUUCCAUAAUUGAACUGUUUUUCCAUUCGAACUGAAUAAACACUUCUGUCUUA